AGGUCAAGAACACGGCGGCGUAAUUGAAUCGAAUUUUUGGGAGUUGGUGCAGUAGCCACACUGAACAGCACUGAUAACGAGGAGGGGAUCAUAGACGAAAUGCUCCUCGUAUUCUAUACUAUUCUAGACCGUCGUAUUGGGAUACUCCGUAGGAUUGUCAUAAGGGAUAGUAGACAACAUAUCUGAUGUGGGCGUUUCGAGUAGGUUAUAUAUUAACUAGAAUUUUAUCCCGAAAUGGAAGGAAAUCGCAUCGAAGAACUGUCAGCAGUAGCUUGAGUCAAGCUUGAGCGUAUCCCCAGUCAGCUUUCAAAUUUGGCUCUUAUCGAGCCCCGUACAUCCAUACGACAGCCAUCGUAUCACCUAUCUGACUGUACUUUUAUAAAAAGUUGCAGGAAUCAAUCGCUGUGUGGCACCUAUCUGCGCUGCAGAGUCCGACUUUCACUCAUGCGUUACGGACUGCCACGCUCACCUUCACCAUCUCCUGUACGGAGAUCAUCUCGCAGACGCAACUCUACUUUCGGUCUCCCAUCAGAUUCUGAAAGCGAUUUCGAGGAGCCACCAACAGAUUCAGACUCAGAAUUAUCAUCCCCCAGCUCCCUUUCAUCAGACUCGUUCUGCUAUGCGUCUGAAAAAGAAGUCCCUCCUCCUCCUCCCCGCCCUAAGCGCGAACCGCGCAGUCCAGCUGAACAGCGUCACGUAGAGGAAACUGUGGCUGCCAUACGUUUACGCACGCGACACCAUGAUCCCUAUGAAGAAUGGGAGAAACAGACGCGCAAAGAUGCAUUUCACACAGCGCGCAGAGCACAGGUUCAGACGCGUUUAGAGACGCAAGGUCGGCGCGCCCAGCGCAACGUGCAGGAGCUGCAAUCGUUAGCAGCCACCCACGCACAGCAGGUCGCGGAAGUGCAGAAGCAACUUGCAGCAUUACAGGUCAGGCAGCAGGCGGACGUUAAUACGCUCGUAAACAGCUGGAAGGAACAAGAUAAGAAGUUCCGUGAUAGGAUAGAGGGCGUCAUACGGGUUGAAGAGGAGCGACUGCGCGCCAGACUCGAAGCUGAGCGCAGAGCCCGGGAAGAGGUCGAGAGAAAACGGAAGGAGGAGGAAGAAAGACGAAAAGUAGAGGAAGAGACGAAGCGGCUAGAAGAGGAAAGGGCACAAAGGCAGCGAGAGGCAGAAGCGGCUGCGAAACGGCAAGAAGAGGAGAAGGAGCGCUUGCGCAGGGAGAAGCUGGAUGCUGAGGAACAGGGCAGGGCACAAUUAGGAAUGUCCUUGGCCGAAGAGGACUGGGUGUAUGCCCGUGAAACUCUCAAGAAUUUAAAAGCCGGGGCAAUGAAGAGAGUCAAGGAGGACAAGCAACUCAAAUCCCAAUGGAGCGCCAUUCGCCGACAGAUAACACCAAAGAUCGGGCAACUUACACAUGACAUCGACUCCGUCAUGCGGAUAACCCAACAAAUCAACGAUAUCGUUCGUCCAAACGAACGACUUCCUCUCGACAUCUACUUCGCCGCUCUGUCCUCACUAGCAAAAGCCAUCCUUCUUCAAGCCGAAACAGAGGUCACCGCCGAAAAGCGGAGCGCUAUACCCCUGGCCAUGGUUGCCGCGAGACUGCUAGGCACGCUGGAAGGUUUUCCGGACAUCUUCUUCGCGAAGCUCGUACAACGGUCCGGUGGGUGGCCUGUGCCGUCAGCGAUUCCUUCCACGGACUCGGACGGUACUGCGUGGAAAGGCGAGGAGCGCACCAAGGCUAUGGGAUACCGGACGAAUGAAGGCCAGAGGGAGAACUUAUCUGAACACGUUAUGCGCGUAUCAGGGAUGAUGCGUGUUUAUUUCCUGAUUCUGGCUGCGCCUGUACCGCAGCCAUUGGAAAAGAUGUUCCAGUUACCACGUUUCUGGACGUAUUUCGCUAGGAUGAUUGGCGAUGAGAGAUUGUUGGAGACGGCAGUCGCCGCAGAGGUCCUUCACUCUGCACUUGAUGUUGGAGGCAUGGAAGCGAAAUUCAUAUGGGGUAACCAGUGGGUGAAGAUGCUGGAGUUGCUUUACGAGGGCGCAACGACAGGUAUUGGUGGAGCAGCAGGGAAGCUGGUCGGUGGCCAAACCCCUGAGGGAAAGGCGGCACGCGUACGAGUACAACUUCAGAUAGAACGCAUCAUGCAGGCCACGAGCUUGCGAUGAGGCUUGCAGGGAUUCUCUCCGCCCAAUCACCCAUCUAUUCGUUCACAACUAUCGAUAUUUUGGAAGCGCAUGCAUUCAUGUACAAUAGCAUCAGCCUAUACAUAGCAUUUCAGCCACUAUCCUUG